AUGUCCAGCUGGCUCUCGGCAGAGGAAACGCGUACAGGGACGUGGGGUUGGCAACAGUGCGUCGCUCGCAUUGAAUCUUUGCGGCGCUCUUCGGGUGAAUUAAUUGGCUACUGUGAUGUUCGGUGUGAAAAGGGGCAUCGCGUGGAUGGCAAUGUGUGGUACGCUGAUCGGUACCUUUAUCCAAACCACUGGCAGCCCGGUUCGAAGGUGCAGCCGAAACUUGUCGACGACGGUGAGCCGCAGUCCUGGUUUAACGCGUGGGCCACGGCUACUCUAAUGCGGCUGGGUCUGCUGCUGAUGGUGAUUGUGUUGCUCCUUGUGUUUAUAUAG